AUGGAUUCGAAAGCGACACCAGAUCUCCUCAAGCGGCCACUCUAUGUCUACGACCUCCCGCCCGAAGUCCUGACGACGCUCUCCCUCAGGUCCGAUGCCCCGAUCCCGGACGAGACACCGACGUCGCCGCCGUCCAAGGACGCCUCCAGCACCGAUGUCGUCGGCUCUCAGGCCUGCUCGCUGUGUGCAGCGAACUUCUCGUCCGUUCUCGACCAGCGAAGCCAUCAAAAGUCUGACUGGCACCACUAUAACCUGAAGCAGAAGCUGCGCGGCGCGAAUCCCGUGUCCGAAAUUGAGUUUGAGAAGCUGAUCGGUGACCUCGACGAGAGUCUUUCAGGCUCGGACUCGGAAGAGUCGGAUGACGACGAAGACGAGACGGGCCGCAAGGAUACUACUCUCACGGCACUGCUGAAGAAGCAAGCGACCCUCGCCGAAAGGAACAGAACUCCGGCGCCGGGCGGGGACGACGGAGACGAAGACCCAGUGCGGCGGUCGGGAAAGGGAAAGCCGCCUCUGAUUUGGUUCACUUCCCCUAUCCUGCCGCCCAACACCUACUUCGGCCUGUACCGAGCCAUACUCACGGGCGAUGAGCUUCGAGACGAAGCGAACUUUGUCGAAAUUGUCAAGAAGAAGCAGUUGGACCCCAUAGCCGCACCCAAGGUGCCAAAGGAUGGCUCGGCGCCGCCGCCCGCGGCUUACAAGGGCCCUCACUUCUUCCUGUGCAUGAUCGGCGGCGGCCACUUUGCCGCCAUGGUGGUGUCGCUCGCGCCGCGGCAGAACAAGUCUUCGGCCGGUGCACUGAACAGGGAAGCAACCGUCCUUGCUCACAAGACCUUCCACCGCUACACGACCCGUCGCAAGCAGGGCGGUUCGCAAUCCGCCAACGACAACUCCAAGGGCAAUGCCCAUUCGGCCGGUUCCAGCCUGCGUCGGUACAACGAGCAAGCCUUGGUUGAGGAUGUGCGCAACCUGCUUCGGGACUGGAAGGGCCUGCUCGACACCUCUGAGCUGCUCUUCAUCAGAGCGACGGGCGCAACGAACCGGCGCACGCUAUUCGGGCCGUACGACGGCCAGGUUCUGACGCACAACGACACGAGGCUACGGGGGUUCCCCUUCAGCACGCGGAGAGCGACGCAGAACGAGCUGAUGAGAUCGUUCAUCGAGCUCACGAGACUGAAAGUCAGGGAGAUCAACCCAGAAGACGAAGCGAAACCGAAGCCCGAACCAUCCACGCCUGCGAAAGCCGCACCUCCCAAGCCCACGAAGCCGAAGCUCACGGAAGCGGAGGAGACGGCACUGCUGCACACGUCGCAAAUCCAGGCCUUCAUACGCCGCUCCAAGCUUCCGGCAUUGUUGUCCUACCUGAAGAGCAACGAUGUCAGCCCGGACUUCCACUUCCAACCCCCGGACCAGAACUACCACGCGCCCACACCGCUGCACUUGGCCGCUCACCAGAACGCCGCACCUCUGGUCCUCGGCCUCAUCACGCGCGGCGGCGCCUCGCCACUGGCGACCAACAAGGACGGCAAGACCCCCUUCGACCUCGCGGGCGACAGGUCAACGAGAGACGCCUUCCGCGUUGCCCGCUCGGAGCUCGGCGAGGACAAGUGGGACUGGGACGCCGCGCGGGUGCCGGCGCCGCUGAGCAAGGCGGACGCCGAGAAGCGCGACGAACGGGACAGGAGGGAGAGGGAGAGCAAGGAGACGGAGAGGAGGCGCGCCGAGGAGGAGAGGCUACGCGCCGAGGGGCCCAAGGUCGACAACGACAGGAAGAAGAGGGCGGGCGCCCUGGCGGCCGUCGCGUCGACCAAGACGGCGCAGGAUAAGCGGGAGGAGGAGGCGAGGGGCCUGACCCCUGAAAUGCGCAUGAAGCUUGACCGCGAGAGGAGGGCGAGGGCCGCCGAGGAGCGUCUCAAGCGGAUGCAGAGCGGUGGAUGA